GAAUGGGAAAAACAAACGAACAGAUAAAUAAGACUUUAAACACCAAUGAACGAAUCAUCCGACUAAACGUUGGCGGAAUGUCUUUCUGCACAACUUAUGGAACCUUAAAAUUAUCUCCUUAUUUUAAAGAACUACUUGAUGAUGGCACUAAAAAAAUCGAUGUGAUGGAGAACGGCGAACUUUUUAUUGACAGAGACGGGGAUUUGUUUAAUGAUAUCUUGGAAUAUUUAAGAAGCUAUGACAUUUGUUCGGAUAAUUUGGAGGAGCUGCAGAAUGAAGCCGAGUUUUAUAAACUGAAAAUUAUGAUCGAAAACAUUAAGCAAAUUUUACAUGAGAAGAAGCACUCCAAACAGAAACAAUAUGAACUGAUCACGGUUGAAGAGUUACAAAAAUUAUCUUCUUUGCCACCAGAUGAUUUAGAGGUUACCGUUCAUUCAUUUAGUGACAGCUAUGAACUGAUUUCGACGUUGAAGUGCAAAGAUCUGCAAUGGAUAUGUGGUCAACACGGAACUCCUUACUCAACAUGUCAAAGCAGUAGAUCUUAUCAUAACAGAGGCUGUGGCCUCAAUCAGGUUGAUGGGAGUAAAGAAGUUACUAUGUUGUUGAUAUCAAAAAAACCACAUCCCGGCCCGUGAGUUGCAUUAUCAUGCUUAUCUGUUAGCAUCAUAUAUAGCCACAUAUAAAAACCAAUGUUGAUGUUAAAUAGCUAAAAGAUAAAUAAACAUUAUUGCAGCGUUUAAAAAUUCA